GAGUCAGAGUCAGAGUCACAGUAAAUUCUGAGGACAUUCUAUAUCUAAUUUAGUCCACGCCAUCCGUCUGUCUCCGCGAGUACCAGUCAACACGAAGCUGCAAAAAGGGGCAUCAACACAAACGCAUCGCCCCGACAGGUACCACGUACAACGUGAGACGACAACUUUAAAAACUUCAGUUCACAAGUUUUCGGACGUGGCACAACAUAUUCUUCGGCAUAAAACCCUGUCCAUUUUAUAAUUGCUCAGCAUUGGAUUUGGAUUGGGAACUCUUCGCCCCCCACAAAGUAAAAGAGUUGAUUGAGACUAUUCUCAAGCCCGCAUUCCGACACUCUGAGACAAUACCCCCCAACAACAGACAUCAAAAUGAAGGGUCCUACAAGUUUCUUGGUUGCAGCUGUUGCACUUUCUUCAACAGUAUCGGCAUGGCCCCAAUGGCUUCCAGCUCUCGACUCCCUCGUCGUGAGGCAGGAUGACUCGACCACAACAUCCGCACCCAAAGAGACCGGCACUACAACAGCCGAAUCAGCAACAGAGACAGCCACAACGACAGCUACAGGAAAAACUACUGCCAAAGUUAUCACAACAAAUUUGAACACUGGUGGCGUGUCAACGACGAAGACGACGGGGACAGGCGAGACGACAGGCACGGGCAAAGAAUCAGGCAGCAGCAGCACCGGUACGAGUGGGUCAGGAAAUUCUACGCACACAUCUUACGAUUCCGACGACCCAGCAGGCGGUAUCUCCAUGAUCACGCCAGCAACGACCGCAAGCACACCACUUUACCGUAUCGGAGAAACAAUCACAUGGGCGUGGAACUACACGUCGCUCCAAGGCACGCCAACUGCCGUAGAUGUCCUCGUGUCCUGCAGUGUCGCCACCGAGACCUGGACUCUGACCCAGAACAUGACAUUCGAGCCUACCGGCACUUACAUCUGGGACACUAACUCAUAUGCUCAAACCGCUGUGGCCAGUCCUUUGCUGACGGAGCAGUACACACUGAUCAUCUACGAUGCCGACUCACAAAUCUCAGCUACUGCCGAACCGGGAUACCUGAGCGUCUAUAAAGGAUUCACAUUCGGCAUGUACACUGCCCGUCCAUACAAGGAUCUAGGCGAGUGGAAGUGUGUCACCUGCAGUGCCGCCAACAGCAACCUCGACAACCAAGCAUUGCGAUUUGCUGUUGGCAUGGCGACCAUCACCGUCUUGACCUUCACCUGGUUCGUGGCUGGAUUUGCAGGGUUAUAGAAGUAGAUGGCCCAAACGGAUGACUAAUCGUGAACUUUUUAUGAGGUUCAAGAGGGCACAGGGAAUCUCGGAUGGGUGCCGUUUCACUGGGUAAUAUCUUGGGAUAUGGAGGGAAAAUUCAUUGUACAUGG